UCGAUGCGUAAAUAUUUUUUGGCAGUAAACCUGGUAACACUGACAGGACUCCAUACUUGGUUCAAAAUCCUCUUGCUUCGGCCAUUUUGCAACUGCAUUUAUCGGCGUCAGGCAGCGAGGUAGCGAUGGUUCGCAAAAUCAAGAACCUUACAGUUCCUCAAAAAGGAACAUCUGUAAAAUCCAUAAAACCAACGUUAAUUAUAGAAAUUGAGACGGUUUUGGCAAAACCUCAAUGUACGAAAAAAAAGGCUGCAGCUACGAACGCCGAGGACCUUUCAGAAUUGUUGCAGGAUCAACUUUCGCGUAGCGAAUACAUAGAAAUGGAGUUUCUUGACGCUACAGAUUCACAAAAUACUGAAAAUUCGAUUGCGAUAGAGAAGAUAGAAGAGGAUUCAGAUCUAGAACUGCAGGUAGAAACGCAAGAAGAAAUCGAGUUACAGGAGCAACAUUCAUCUAAUGAGGAAGAGGCGGCAGAAAAUAAAGAAAUAAGUGAUCAGGAAGUAGAUACAAUCGAAGAGUUUGAUGAUCCAACAACGGAAAUGCUAAGGAAGGUAAACAAUCGCUUAAAGAAAAAAGUAAGAAUACUUAACAAGAAAGUGGCAGCUCUUGCAGAAGCCAAAUUGGAUACUGAAAAUCAUGCAUUGCGUUUAUCAAAAGAGUGCAUGGCCUUAAAAGACUCUAGCAACAUUCCUAAGGCAGAUUUUACCGAAAUGGACGGAAUUUCAAUGACUAAGUCAGAAAUUAAGGAAUUGUCAAAAAGAGCGUCAACAGAUAGCAUAUUUGCUGGGUUGUUAGCCAUGAAGUUGAUCGGCGCAUCAGAGCUCAUGAAAAAGAGUGUUACGGGAGAAGUAUGCCGGCGAUUCGCAAAAAAACGUCACGCUGAUGGUACCAGCGCGUAUCCCCCAGCUGAACAAAUGAACCCCGAAGUGGUUCAAUUCAUAUGUAGAAAGGAGGAGAUUGACGACCUUGACACAUUUCUGUCACUCCGGCAGUCUGAUUAUAUACGCUUGAAUUUAACUACCAAGAUGAUUAAAUUGAUUGAAAAACUCCAAGUUGAAUAUCGCUGCACAGAAGAAUCGAUCGAUGAAAAUUUGUUGGAAUCACCAUCUGAAACGGCGUUGGCUGUUAAUGUUGAAAAUCAUGCUACGGAUGUAAACAAUAAUCCCUACGGUGAACUCAAUUUUGAACAGGUAAGAUAAUGAAGACUGGCAGAUUUUUGAGCAAAGAUCUUAGCUGUGCAGAUUACUCCGUUAAUGCAUGUGAUCAUUGGGCAAAUAUCAAUGUUUUCACUUAGGGCAUCCUCAACGAUGCGCUACUACAUAAGUUGUUAUGAUGACUGCGCACGGCGCGGCUACUAUUUCUCUAGCGCGUUUAGCAGCGGUAUACGAAGUGACGAUAGAGUGUGCCAAAUUGGGUAUAGAAGCGUUGAGGAUACCCUUAGAUGUUCGUUCGUAAUUUCAAAAGAUCUAAAAAAACUUAAAAUUGUUUAUAAGUGACACAUAAUCAAAAUUUUUUGUCUACCUGUUUCUUUCACGCAAACUUUAAAACAAUAUUAAUAAUUUCGAGAGAUAAAACAGCUUGACCUUGAGAUUUCAGCUUGGUCGACGUAAAAUAAUAUUUUCUUUUUCUUUUUUUAACUGCUUGUAUAUAGACAAAGUUUUGGAAAAAAACAGAUGAAGGAAGAAUAAUAAUGGAAACGUUUAAACAAGGAACUCGGCCGACAGAUGCUCUUUUAAAGAAAAUUACAUGCGUGCUAUGUGAUUGUUUGCAUGAUCUCUACGGGUGCCGUCCGAGUAAUUAUUAUAAAAAUCAAAUUGCGCUUUCUUUGGUUAAAUCAUAUCCAAUUUUGGCAGCUGUUGGAUCCGAUGUACCACAGGCCCUCUGGUUUCAUGCGCAUGCUAGAGGAAUCAACCGCCACGCUGGUCGCAUUCAUUACCGCAUGGAAUAUUUGGCAAGAAAGUCCGCCGACCGUAUCUCUAAACGACGUCGAAUUAAAGAGCUGUCACCACCAAAUCAGUCUGAAAAUGUUUCCAUAAAUAACGAUAAUGUUCCUAAUGAGGAUUUUAUUGCAAAGACGGAUGAGCUGAAGUACAUCAAACCAAACAACCAUUCUAAGACACGAAUUCUGGAACUCUGGAAAAAAAACUUUGACGCAUCGUUCGAGUAUUUUGAAUAAAGGAACAGAGCAGUAUGUAAAUGAUUUCCCAGUUGUUUUUGCCUUCAAUGGUUUGUUGAUUUCUUUGGAUUUUUAUCAGCUAAACCCAUCAGCAAUGAACUUCGUAGAAAAGUGGGAUCAGCUCGAACCAAAGAUUUUAUUAAAAUAUCGAGAGGAAUUUAGAGAUUUGAAAAAUGAUUUUUUACGAGCUUUAGCAAUAGUUCGCAUUAAAAAUCCUUCCCGUGGUCUUGAAAAAAACAAAAAUGCUAAUUCUAGAGAAAACCCUUUCUAUGGAAUCAUUGAAUGGGAAGAGAUUACAGAUGAGCCAUCCAAAAUACUUAAAGUUCCAUUCAUCGUAGUUCGAGGACAAUUAGAUGACUCUGAAGACUGUGCCAUAUACUGGCGAGGUGAAUUAGUGACGACAGAAAACCUCAAGUCAGCGUUCGAGAUUUUAUUGCAGCUAUAUUUAGUUUUUAAAAUUGCUCCUAGUCCAUCUGAUAAACAUUUCUUUCUUUUUUUUGGGGAGCGAUUUAUAAUAUCAAACAAUUAAGUACUACAGGAACCAAAUUUUUACAAGGCCUGUAAUUUGUAUUCUUUAUUUUUUGUUCUAUAAAAGAUUCUAAU